UUGAUUCCGCGCGCUCGCCGGAAGCUGUGCUGGUGUUGCACGCACUUGAGCAUGGCGUCAGGUUAUUUGUUCAAAUUUGAACGUUUUUUGUUUUCUCACGCUGUUAAACCACGACAUUUAAACACACAUUUGGUACCAUUUCGACAUAAAUCCAAUGUCGUUGGUGCUUCAGUGGAUGGUUUCAACAGUGAUGUGGCAAUUGGUGUGACUUCAGAUGGUGAAACCAUAGUGUGCUACCAUCCUCCCAUUGAUUAUCCCUAUGAAUUUACCCAGCCUUUAGAGCGGCCUGACCCUGUUACAAAUCCUCCAGAGUCCCACGAUCAGGUUUUAAAGGCCCACCUUAGCGAUAACGUGAUGAACGACAAACCCGGGCCAUCUAUAGAAGAGCUGAGCAAGAUGUUUUUCACCACCAAACACCGGUGGUAUCCAAAAGGACAGUUCCACAUGAGACGCAUCAAGAAAGACCCCCCAAAGGACAGAUAGGUGAAGGUUACUACCACCAAACAAUAAAAACACAACUUCCCUUACUGUCACAAUGCUGUAUUAUAAUAAUAAAAUUCUUAACGGUAAGCUGGUUGUCAUGA